CCAUUCUCCCCCGUCCUGCUCAAUAGCCUCCAUAACAUCCAGCAAACGGCUCCCGCUUCAAAUACAGUUAUGCGGAUUGCGCGCUUUGGCAUUAUUCCAGAUUUGGGUCGGAAAGAAACUAACUUUCUAAAGGUUAAGGAAUGGGGGACUGGUCCAUUCUUGGCCGUUUCCUCACGGAGGUGCAGAACCACUCCACGGUGAUCGGCAAGAUCUGGCUGACCAUGCUCCUGAUCUUUCGCAUCCUCCUGGUGACGCUGGUGGGCGACGCGGUCUACAGCGACGAGCAGUCCAAGUUCACCUGCAACACGCUGCAGCCCGGCUGCAACAACGUCUGCUACGACACCUUCGCCCCCGUCUCGCACCUGCGCUUCUGGGUCUUCCAGAUCGUGCUGGUCUCCACGCCGUCCAUCUUCUACAUCGUCUACGUGCUGCACAAGAUCGCCAAGGACGAGAAGCUGGAGAUGGAGAAGGUGCAGGUGCGGGUGCUGGCCAAGCGGGGACCCCCGCGGGCGCGGGCGGGACGAUCGAACCGGGGCGGGGAGAGGGAGGAAACUCUGGAGGCAGCCACGCCCGCCUUCAGCCCCCGUUUUGAGGAGGAGUGGAGCCCCCAGGAGGGGGAAUGCGUGGAGCAGAGCCUCCUGGAGGAGGAGCUCGGGGAGGUGGGAAAGGACCCCACCCAGCUGUCCAGCCAGGUGCUGCUCAUCUACAUCGUCCACGUGGUGCUGCGCUCCAUCAUGGAGAUCGCCUUCCUGGUGGGGCAGUACUACCUGUUCGGCUUCGAGGUCCCCCACCUCUUCCGCUGCGAGACCUACCCCUGCCCCAACCGGACCGACUGCUUCGUGUCCCGGGCCACCGAGAAGACCAUCUUCCUCAACUUCAUGUUCAGCAUCAGCCUGGGCUGCUUCAUCCUCAACAUCGUCGAGCUGCACUACCUGGGCUGGGUCUACAUCUUCCGCAUACUCUGCUCCGCCUGCUCCACCUGCUGCGAGCAGGACCGGGACCCGGCCGGGCGCGCGGGGCUCUACCACGUCCACAACCCCCUCCUGCUGCAGCUCAAGCACUCGCUGCGGGGACGGGUGGUCCUGCAGACCCCCCCGCCCCUGUCCCAGGAGAAGGCCGGCGGCCCGCCCGCGCACGCGCCCGCCAUCUCCUUCGAGACGGACUCCACCGUGGAGUGCACGUCCAAGAGGAGCCCUGACGACAAGGAGCGCGCCAAGGCCAAGCUGGCGAGCGCGGCCAAACUGGGGCGCGGCAAGAAAUCCUGGCUGUGA